GCCUUUAUUGCCAAUUCUAAACGAUUUCGGUAUCCUUUUCGGGUAUUACCAAACUCCUUUAGAGAAGAUAGGCAUGUCAAACAACAAUUGCAUCCACAAUUUGCCACCGGCAUACGAAUCACAAAUAGACCGAGAACAUGCUGUCAAAUAUAACUACGAAUUCUAUCACUAUGUAUUCGCGAUUGCAUCAAUGUAUGUCGCGAUGUUGUUGACCAAUUGGAAUACAAUUAAUAUGACCGGCAAAGAAAAGUUGGUGGCAAUAGGACAUAGCUAUACUAUUUCGUGGAUAAAGGUUAUAUCGAGCUGGAUAUGUAUAUUGAUUUAUUGUUGGACAUUACUAGCUCCUGUGUUCCUGCCACAUAGGUUUAUA